CCCCCGCCUCCUGUGGCCUGGCGCCCAGAGCAGCUGGACGCUGGCUGGUCCUCCGCGUUUCCAUCGGAGAAACCAGGAAGCGAGGCCCCUUUCAACCCCAUUUGGUGAAGGGGGGAACCUAGGCACUGCCACGCUCCCCGUGGGGUGGUGGGUGUGACAGGGCUGCAGGGGCGCUGGGGUCAGGGCACGGCGGGACCCGAGGUCUCCCUUUGGAGGGCUGGGCCUGCUGCCCUUUGGCCCUGGCUGACCCUGGGGCCACGUGUGCCCGGCGUCUGGGCGUGGAGGAGGCACAGGAGAGAGGGAGCGGCUGAUGGAGGGGGGGCAGGGCAGGUGCUGCUCAGCCCCUGAGGGCCGGUGGUGUCCGGCUGAGCCCUGGGACUCCCCGCAUGGCUCCCUCCAGUGCAGCGGACUGACCCGGGCAGCUUGUCCAGAGGCUGGCCACCGAGGCCUGCUUCUCUGCCUGUGUCAUCUCUAGGUGUUGGCGCCAAGCCCCGUCCCCAGGCACUGUCCAGGUGGCGUGUCCUGCGCCUGCACACAUGUUCCCCAUCAUGCGUUCUCACCUAUACUUCGCUUUUCCCUGGAUCCUGGGUGUGCUGGGUCCUGCUGGGCCUGGGCUGUGGCACGUGGCCCUUUGGAGGCAGGGCCAGGCUCUGGGUAGGGGCAGUGAGGCCUGGCAGCCUGCUCCGCCGAUGUUCAGGUGAGCAGGGCGGUGCAGUCCAGCGCUCCAGGAGCCUGUGCCUGUGGCAGGUGGACACAGUAAAAGCAUCCUCACAGCUGCAGACAGGGCGGCCGUAGGUGCCCCAGGUGGCCAUUGGUGCGCCCUGGCCACGGUGCUCCUUCGGGUGUCUCUGCCUGUCCAGGGAGUCCAGUCACUGAGGCCCAGCGAUGGCUGGUGCUGGUGCGGGGUCCUGGCUUUGCAGGUCAGGGCAGGUGCCUGUGUGUCCAGCUCCUGUGUGGGUCUUGGCCCACUAUCAGGGUUGGGGCCGCAGGGGGGACCCCUGGCUGCUGCUGCAGGGCGGGGCAGUGCCACCAGAGGCCAGCGUGGUGCCCUCCACAUGAGCUGCACUGGCAGGGGCAAGUUUGCCCCUGAGGCGCAGGCCCAGGGCUCUGAAUUCACCAGCAGAUAAAGCUGAAGAGGUGGCGCCAAGGCGCGUGUAGGCGGCGCUUUGCUGGAAAGCUCAUGUGCGUGUGGGCCCCGGAAGGGCCAGGCUGGCCAAGCGGAGGCCUGCGGGCGAAGGGCGCUGUGCGGGAUGUAGGGGGUGGGCUGUGUGCGUGAUGGUCAGCGAGGUGCCCCCUGUCCACCGGGCACCAGCACUUCACUUUAAAGAUCUCUGACUGGCGUGUGACUUUCAUUUCCCUCCUUAGUGAGGAAGGGGCUGCCCCCCACAGGGGCUCCCCACUGGGCCCUCUGCGGGUCUGGCCCGUGUUCACUGGUGUUCCCAUCCUAGCUCACCUUCCUGGCGUUGGGGGCUCACGGGUGGCAGAGCAGACAGGCCACUGGCGCUGGCCCUCCUGGGCAGCCCGGGAACGUGAGGCCUUGAUACCACCUGCAUUGCUGUCCCCUGUGCUAGGUUGUAAAGGAAGCUGGUGCCAUUCUGGGGUUGCAUUAAUAGAGGUAGGGUGUCCCGGUGAAAGGAGGUGACUGUCCUGCCCUGCUGUCCCCUGGCCGGCCUGCCUGCAUGCCGAGGUCUGUCCUGGUGCUGGGGGCUCGUUCGGGAUGUCGGCUGCCACGCCAGCACCCUGACACCACCGUUGUCCUCACAGCUGGGCGGGCACAGCAGGGGCUGAGGCCCAUUCAUGGAGGGGAGAGGACCGUACCGGAUCUACGACCCCGGGGGCAGCGCACCUCCGGGAGAGGCGUCCGCUGCCUUUGAGCGCCUGGUGGAGGAGAAUUCCAGACUGAAGGAGAAGAUGCAAGGCAUCAAGAUGCUAGGGGAGCUUCUGGGGGAGUCCCAGGUGGAAGCGUCCAGGCUGCGGCAGAAGGCGGAGGAGCUGGUCAAGGACAGCGAGCUGCUCUCGCCACCCUCGUCCUCCUUGUCCUCCUUCGACCAGCUGGCCGAGCUCCCAGGAAAGGACACUGCUGUCCCGGCACCUGCUGCCAAGCCCGCGCCCGCCGGCGUCCAGCCAGAGCCGGUCCCCAAACCACCGUCCAGCGCCACCUCCUCUGAGUUCGAAGUGGUCCCCACGGAGGAGCAAGCUUCCCCACCCGAGAGCAGUGGCCCCCCCGGGAACACGCCGGCGCCGGGCACCCCACCCCGGGGGCACAGUGACCUGCGACUGCACCUGCAGCGCCUGGGGUCCUCGCUGAGCGAGUGCGCCGAGGAGCCCGACCGCAGCCAGCUCUUCACCCACCUGGGCCGCAUGGCGCUCGAGUUCAACCGGCUGGCCUCCAAGGUGCACAAGAACGAGCAGCGCACCUCCGUGCUGCAGACCCUGUGUGAGCAGCUCCGGGAGGAGAAUGAGGCCCUGAAGGCCAAGCUGGACAAGGGCCUGGAGCAGCGGGACCAGGCUGCCGAGAGGCUGAGGGAGGAGAACGUGGAGCUGAAGAAAUUGCUGACGGGCAGCGGCGGGGAGGGCCCCUCCGGGCAGCCCGGCGCAGCCAGACAGCAGCAGGCCACUGUGACUGCGGUGAAGGCCCCCGAGAGGGGGUCGGUGGGCGCAGCCGAGAAGAAGGUGAAGCUGCUGGAGCAGCAGCGCUCUGAGCUGCUGGAGGUGAACAAGCAGUGGGACCAGCACUUCCGCUCCAUGAAGCAGCAGUACGAGCAGAAGAUCACGGAGCUGCGGCAGAAGCUGGCGGAGCUGCAGAAGCAGGUGACCGAGCUGGAGGCCGAGCGCGAGCUGAGGCAGCGUGACUUUGACCGCAAGCUGCUCCUGGCCAAGUCCAAGAUCGAGAUGGAGGAGACUGACAAGGAGCAGCUGACCGUGGAGGCCAAGGAGCUGCGCCAGAAGAUCAGGUACCUGCAGGACCAGCUGAGCCCCCUUGCCCGGCAGCGGGAGUACCAGGACAGGGAGAUCCAGCGGCUCAACAAGGCCCUGGAGGAAGCACUCAGCAUCCAGGCCCCCCAGCCGUCCCCACCCACAGCCUUCGGGAGCCCCGAGGGAGCUGGCAGCCUGAGGAAGCAGGAGCUGCUCACCCAGAAUGAACUGCUGAAGCAGCAGGUGAAGAUCUUCGAGGAGGACUUCCAGCGGGAGCGCAGUGACCGGGAGCGCAUGAACGAGGAGAAGGAGGACUUGAGGAAGCAGGUGGAGAAGCUGCAGGCCCAGCUCAGCCUGUCCAGCGCCCAGCUGAAAGCGUUCAAGGAUGAGGAGAAGGCACAGGAAGCUCUCAGACAGCAGAGGAGGAAAAGCAAGGUGAGGGCCCAGGCCGCUGCAGACCGCUACCACGGGGAGCCCCGCCUGGAGCACCUGUGCGGGGCCUACCCCUACCCGCCCGUGGCCGCCAUGGCGCCGCCCCACGGCUUCGACGACUGGUCCCAGAUCCGCUACCCGCCGCCCCCGAUGGCCGUGGAGCACCUGCCCCCGCUCCCUGGCUCGCACCUCUUCCACCUGCCGGAGUACGCCUGGAGGACCCCGUAUGUGGGGCCGCGCCACCCGGCCUCCCCACUGCCGGACCAACCUGUGGCCAGGCCUGUGGAGCCAGAGUCCACCAAAAAUGACCGCGAGGGGCCCCAGUGAGACCAGAGCACAUCGCCUCCGCCCUGCAGAGCGGCUGACCGCAGACUUUCGGAGAGCUGGGGCCGUGCGCUCCGUGGGGCCAGAGCCUGUCCUGCCUGAGCCCCUCACAGCCGGGAGCCGCGGCGCCCACAGCCCCGCUGAAGGCCCCAGAGGCCACAUGGGGGGACAGGCCGGGGGCGGCUGCAGUACGUCUGUCUCAGGAGGGUGUGGGCCUUCCUUUCCAGGCUUCCCCCGGCGGCGGGGGGCUCCGGGCCCUCGGGGUUUGCUGAGUUCCGUGUGUCAGUUUCUGCUUUAGGUUGUAGGUCAGGACCCCUGCCCGCCCUGCCCACCCUGCCUGAGAGCGGGGGGAAGCGGCCCUCCUGGCGGAGAGCACAGGCCUGCCCUGCCCGCGCCCACAGCCCGCACCCCAGUAGCACCCACAGCCAGGGGUGAGGGACACCAGCCAGGCCCCCCCCCAGCCUAGCAGCUGGAGGCUCCAGGUGCCCAAGGCCCAGACGGCGCUGUCCGCUGGGCAGCUGUUUGCACACAUCUUGGUCAUAAAGCCAAGGUCGAGUUCCGCGCUGUGACUGGUCCUUCCGUGCCCGGUGGGCAUGCCCCCGACCCCGGGCCUCCCCGUGUGUGGACCCCGGCCUCCUCGAGCUGCUGUCAGUGCAGCCCUGCCUCAGCCCUCACGCGGGGGCAUUGUGGGGAGACAGAGGUCACAGAGAAGCAGAGGGGCCCCCCCAGUCGCGAGCUGCACCUUCCUCCCGCGGGGGCGCCCGAAGAAGGACACGUGGGCACAGCUGCUGUCGAGGCCUUUACUGGGCUGGUGGGGGAGCGGUGUCCAGGGCCA